AUGCCUGUGAGCCAUACGUCCUGCAAUUAUGUACGUGAUUGCACAUGUGUAACGUCGUUGCAUACAGGAUAGCACAAAUUAUACAGCAUAUGCAUAAUGCACGACCAACGUGAUAGCUAGUUUCACCAGCCAUUGUGUGCAUAUCGGCAUGGCAUGGUUUGGGGGCAGUUCCGGACACUCUAAUGGUUCCAUCGUUUGGACGGGCGUGUUUUGAUGCGUGGCAAGCCCUGAUCUGGCCGGAAUAGUCCGACUAUACCUUAUCAAUAUCUGUCGUUCUUCCCUUGAACGACUCAUGACUUGUACCAUGGAGAAGUAAGAACUGGUCGCUACGACUCGUGACUUGAUGUCGACUGUCGAAUAUGUUACGAUUUGCACGUCAGAAGAUAUUCAGAUGGUUUUGUCUUAAACGCCUAUUCAUUGGAUUACCUCGACAGGAUAGAAACGGCGUGAUGUGGUGAGUUGUCCCGUGUUGAUUGUCCUACAUAAGAAGAACAAAUAGCCAAAGAGACCACACAAAGUAGCCUUCAUAUAGCUAUGGCUUUCUUCUUCAAAACCACGUCUUCCACUGACUACCCCACGAUUAAGACUGAACCUGUGGAUGAAACUGUCCCUGAUGGAGACAACGUUUCAGGCAUGUUUGGAACCUCCACGUGCCAAGAGUGCGGAUUCCAGUUCCACAAUGAGACAUAUAUUGAAGACCACAGGAGAUGGCAUGAACACAUGCGCAGUAAGACCUCAACAGCACGCAACGGAAAUGCGAAUCUUGCCGGUGAGACUGUGGCGUUCGGCCAGCCUGAGAUGGUUCUCAAACCCUUCGCGUGCGAGUACUGCGGCUGGCGGUUCAUCCUGAAGAAGGACAUGAUACACCACGUCCGAACACACACAGGGGAGAAACCAUAUGCAUGCUCUGAAUGCGACAAACGAUUCUCACGGGUUCACUCACUAAACCAGCACAAGAAAGUACACGACCAAGAGAGUGCAGCUUGCAUCAACUGCGACAAGUGUUCGAAGAGCUUUGGAAGCAUGCGUAGUUACGUCACACAUUGUAAAAACGCUCAUAAAGAACAGAUGCAGGCUAAAACCACCACCCAUGUUGAAACUGCCGAGAAGGCAGAAGUCAGCCACCAAACUAAGGAGUCAUCUCCACAUAACGGUGCCGUAACUAUGACAGCUCAGUCGUCUGUUUCAUCUCCAUCUGUAAGUGGACAGGCAGGUAGUUUUAAAAACUCGGACACCGGCAACACAUCAAAUACAAAACACCUUAAGGAGACAGCUGUGGAUAGGAAUCACAAACAAUUUGCUAAUUUCUCAGAGACACCCCUUGGCGGCGGUAAGCGAGGGAUUCGCUUCACCUGCCAGUUUUGCGGCUGGGGAUUCUGGGAUAAGAAGGAUAAGAAUCAGCAUGAGUGGACGCAUACCGGCCACAAACCCUACUACUGCAAGGAGUGCUGCAAGAGCUUCUCUCGCAGCCACACCUUGAAGCUUCACAUGAGGUCUCACGCAGGCGAUCGGCCCUAUUCCUGCCCGCACUGCAGUAAAAGCUUCACCAGUGCUAACAGUCUCCGGUUGCACAACAAGGUGCACGCUAUGGUGCACAAGCACAGAUGCACCAUGUGCCCAAAGAGCUUCAAACGGAUUGCUGAUUUCAGAGAUCACCAGAGAGAACACCUCAAUAGCGACCCCGUUAUGUUCGCAAGAUGCUACUUCCCGCUUGGUGCCUCAGACGAAGUUGGAACUGCGAAGACCGCACUGUACCCCAUCAGCCUUUCUUUCGCUGACUCUGAGCUCGCCAUUCCUCCCAAAGAAGAGCCAGGUUAUAGGGCACAUGAUAUCUCUCCUAAACCAGCAGCUCAACACGACGAAAACUCUAGUUCAACAUCUGCAAGUGAACUUCCAAGCGGACCUGGUAUUAAGUCUUUUCAGUCACAAGACAACCUUCAACCCGAGCUGAGUGUUAUGGACUUGCCGUCUACGUCUGAAGAACUACAAGAGAAGGAUCGACAAAUUUUGAUUGAUAAAUAUAACAAGCUUAUUUCUGGUCCAAGGCGUUGGCGAGAAGCAAGAUUCUCAUGCCAAUACUGCGACAAGGCUUUCCACGAUAAGAAAGAUUGCCGUGAACACCAGAACACUCACACUGGUUUCAAACCGUACGAGUGUAAAGUCUGCGGGAAGAGACUAUCACGUCAACAUUCACUCAAAAUGCACAUGAUGAGCCAUACAGGCAGCAAGCCGUACCCUUGCUCAUAUUGCAAUGCAACUUUCCGGGACCGCAGUGGACAGAGGUCCCACGAGCUGACCCACGCAAGGAAUAAGAAAUUCAAGUGUAAAAUUUGCCAGGAAAUCUUUCAACAGGAAAGCGCUUUGGCCAGGCAUCUGCAGGCUCAUCAGAAAAGAAAUCCUGAGCUGUUUACCGAGUGUUAUCCCUUUGGAUACGACCCCCGAGCGAGAGGCGAGGUUCAUCUUGACUGGGCAGAGGUGGAGACUGGCCAUGUGACCCAGAACAUCGUUGUGUCACAUGAGGGCGAUGCUCAACGCAAAGUGACGCACGAGGACGUCAACGUUCCACGAAACAUCUACAGGCGCCCUUUCCGGUUCAACUGCACUUACUGCACUCAGAGAUUUAGGGAUAAGAGAGACUGGCGCCAACAUGAAUACACACAUACUGGCUUCAAACCGUAUUCAUGUAAACUGUGCGGAAAGAAACUUUCCCGACUCCAUUCCCUCAAGAAACACAUGCUGACACAUUCAGGGGAAAAUACCGUUGCCUGUGAAUACUGCACACAGACUUUCCAAAACAGAAGUAGCCUUCUAUCUCACCAGAGACACUACCAUUCCCUGGUCCUGAGUCACACGUGUUGUAUUUGCCAAAUGAUACACAAGGAACUGGAUGAUCUCGAGUGCCAUAUUCGAGGUGCCCAUGGUAAGGUUGUGAGCGAGAUUGUUUCAAAAUUCUUGGGGGAUAAGAUGGUGGAUAGAACACUUGCGAUUUCAAAUCAUUCUGUACCCUCCGAACAACCGGAAUACCAGAGAGACAAUUUGAUAUCUGACAAAGCAGAUCCAGAAGAUGUAAUCGUCAAGUACUUAUCCAAACAAGAACAGCAAUUGAACCAGUCGACCGCUACAGACAUUGACAAGUGGUUGGCGCUUCAUAGACUCAAGUUCAAAUGCAGUUUUUGUGAUAAACGGUUCCGAAACAAGAAAGACUGGCAACAGCAUGAAAAUACCCAUACGGGUUACAAGCCGUAUACCUGCAACAUAUGCGGCAAGAAACUGUCCCGUAUUCAGUCGCUCAAGGCGCAUCGGCUGACUCACACCAAUGAACUCCCCUACGUUUAUCAAGGCUUCGGCGAAAGCAUCAGAACGAACAUUUCUUUAGCCGGGCAUGAGGCUUCGAAAGAGUGUAAAUCAUCCAAUGCAUGGUUAAAGACUGCUGCAGCGACACACACAACUGCGGACGAAAAAGAAGGGCUCAAUGAGAACAUUGAUCUUGAGUACCUUCAAGUUCCUUCGGGACCUUUCUUUUUCAAACAACAGGAACCGAGACCAAGACCAACUGAUGCAGGUGAAUCGAUGUGCUUGUCAAAUUCUAGUACUUGGAGUGACCCUAGGAUGAGGGGUCUAACAAAGCGAUAUCGAUGCACUUAUUGUGGCUGGCAGUUUAGCGGUUCGAGCAUCUUCAGGCGCCACCAGUGCAGACACAGGAGAAUGAUCCGCAAAACAGGGAAGAAUAGAUUGUCUUGCAGCAAUUGCAAAGAGAUUUUUCACAAGAAAGAACAACUGGAAUUCCAUCAAAGAUCCUGCGGUUUCCCGUGCAGCUUAUGUGCUCAGAGAUUCAAGACCAUGGACAAGCUCAAAGCGCACUUGGAAAAAAGUCAUGCAGACAUGGAACCUAAGCAACAACCAUGCAGUGAAAAAGAACCCGGCAAAUUGCAGCCAGUGUGGCUCAGUUCAUCAUCGACUGUUGAUGAAGAUCUUCCGAGCAAUGAAUCCACAGCCACAGAUCUUUCUGUUGUUACAGCAGAAACGCAUGCCGACAAUUUCCAACCACAUGAAGUUGGUGUCAGGGAUUCGAAACUUGUGACAACCAAAUUGAAAUCCGUUGAGAACCCGAAGUCCACAUCAUCUGUUUCCACUAAGAGAAGACAAACAGGAGCCAAACAUGCUGUUGUAACAUGUCGAGUCUGUCACAAGAGCUUCUCUCAUGGGUAUGCGCUAAAGUUGCAUUUAAUGAUGCACGCAAGCGAGACACAGUACAAGUGUCGACAAUGCACCAGAUGCUUCAGCUCCAAAAAGGCUCUAAAAAAGCACGUAGAGAGCCACGUGUCUCAUCAUCCAACAAGUGGCUCUGCAGCCAUGCGUACAACAAGCGAAAUUCCUGCCUGUGUUAGUAUCCCAGAUGCACUCUCAGGAGCCAGUGGUAUCUUGAUUCAAGAACCUUCGAAGCCAGGAUCGCAUUCGGAGCAAUCGGAGGCUAGGCGAUUCAAAAGCCAGACUCCGCAAACAAAGCCACAUAAGUGCGUCUACUGCGGUUGGGGUUUCUGGACACGAAAGGACUGCGUCAUUCACGAACGCACGCACACUGGAGAAAAACCAUAUAUGUGUAAAACUUGUGGCAAGAGCUUCGCACGAAGUUACUCGCUGAAACUUCACUCCUUGACCCACGAUGGUCUGAAGCCCUUCCGGUGUAGCUAUUGUAACAAGGGGUUCGCCAGUGGAGGCUAUGUCAGAAUUCACGAGCGCAUCCACACGAAGGAGAAACCUUACGAGUGUAAGGGAUGCACGGCGAGGUUCUCAUGCAGCUCUAGUUUGAUAAGACAUGAAAAAUCUUGCAGAUUAGAAGAUGAUACAACCGGUAAGGAGGUACAAUCUUAAGCAGUGGAUGAAGCAUCAUACGGGCCCGGUUCAUCCUCAGUGAAUUAUAGGGAGUUCUAACAGAUCUAGGACUAUCCACUGCAAACUUUAUCAAUUAAUGCACAUUCAAGAAGAUGGCUUAAACACAGGUAUAGUGUCUGCCUCUUUUGUGGUUGUCUUUUCUGCGAUGUGAUGAAAUAUCAAAGGUACACUUUAUGCCACCGGAAACGCCAUCUAUUAUCGUAUCGCAUUGCAUGUUUGAAAAGGAACUGUGCCCACUCGAUGAGUAAUGAAAAGCCUAUGAAAACGUAUAAUAAACUGAGAUUCGGCGGACUAUACAAGCGACGCGACAAAUUGAUCUUUCGUGCUCAAGAUGCUCAGCUGUUCCACGUUAUUUGCGUUCGCAUUGAUCUGUCCUUCCUCGUGCGCUCAUUGUGGUUA